AUGAAGCAGGGCUUCAGCUUCUCUCUGCCAGUAACUGUCGUCGCUUUGUCCAUCUUCUACAUUUAUUUUUCAACGGUCUUCAUUUUCAUCGAACGUUGGUUUGGCCUCAUGUCCUCCCCUGGAAUCUUCAACACGGUCAUUUUCACGGCAAUCGCUCUCAUUUGCAUCUUUACCUAUGCAGUUUCUGUCUUCACGGAUCCGGGUCGGGUGCCCUCCACCUAUGCGCCCGACAUUGAAGAUGCGGAGAACCCUAUCCACGAGAUCAAGCGCAAGAGUGGGGAUUUGAGGUACUGCCAGAAGUGUUCUCACUAUAAGCCUCCCCGUGCGCAUCAUUGUCGUGUUUGCAGAAGAUGUGUUUUGCGAAUGGAUCACCAUUGCAUUUGGAUUAGUAAUUGCGUUGGGCAUGCUAACUAUAAGGCCUUCUUCAUUUUCGUAAUGUAUGCUGUUAUUGCAUGCCUCUAUUCCCUGGUCUUGCUUGUUGGUAGUCUAACUGUUGAUUAUCCAAAGGAUGAGCAGCAAAGUGGAGACUCUUUCAGAAUGGCAUAUGUCAUUUCUGGGCUGUUGCUAAUCCCAUUAUGUGUGGCACUAAGCAUCCUCUUAGGUUGGCAUAUCUACCUCAUUUUGCAUAACAAGACUACGAUUGAGUACCAUGAAGGAGUUAGAGCUAUGUGGCUAGCCGAAAAGGGAGGGAAUGUCUAUUCACACCCAUAUGAUCUUGGUGCCUAUGAAAACCUGACAAAAGUUCUGGGUUCAAAUGUCCUGAGCUGGGUAUGCCCCACAUCGAGACACAUUGGUUCUGGUCUUCGCUUCCAGACUGCCUAUGAUAAUUUAAGUGGUGCAUCAACAACUAUAUGAACGUGAACGCAGGUUCAUUUUGGCAUUUUCAUUUUUCACUGGUAAUAUCACAACUUCUUAUAGUUAACUGUGUAGGGAUGGAUGAGUACUGAUCUUGUGAUGGUGACUAGAGUGGUGGGUUUGCUUGUGAGUGUAUGUAGAUUAUUUGCUUGGAGUAGUUUAGGAAUGAGAGGACGGAUCAAUUUCUCACCCGCAAUCACCAGUCUUGGAGUUGAGAAAGCUCUUUGCUAGGUGGCUACAAGGAUUUGAAUAUGAUAUCCCUUGUUGAUAGAAAAGGCUGGAUGGGUCUUUGAAUGAUCAGGCGUAGGAAUUUUUUAUAUUAUUAUUUUUCCUUCCAUCCACACAACCAUCCCUCCCCUCCCUUUUACCCUUUCAUAUCCUUUUCUUUGUUCUUUGUAACCUUUUGGAUGGUGUAGAGUUUAAGAGACAGGGUUCUCAGAUGGUAAAAAUGUUUUGUAUAAAGAGUGGGAAUCCGAAUCCCGGUUUACUGAUUUAAGUCGCAGCCCUAUGAUUUAGUUCCAUGUAACUUGGAGAUGCAAUCAUUGUAACUUCAAAAGUGAGCAAAGUUGUGUUGUAGUUCAUAUCAA